GGAGAGGGGGCAGCGCCGGCUGAGCUUCGCCAUCUCAACCGAACUUGGAUGAGCGCAACCGAACCCUGCGCCCUCUGCGUCCCGCCUACUUUGGAGGAGAGGACCGUGGAUUGGUCGGCAGAGGGGAGCAGCCCGCCUUCGGGGCCAUCUGAUUGGCUCGCGGUGUGAGGUGCGCUCCGUGUCACACCCGGUGGGGGUCCCAAACACUGUCAGUGAGGAGCCGGGCUGAGGGGCGAGGCGGCAGGUACCUGCAGAGAAGCAAUGGCGACAGAAUCCCCACGCCGCCCGAGUCGCUGCACUGGAGGAGCGGUGGUCCGCCCGCAGGCUGUCACGGAACAGUCAUAUAUGGAAAGUGUUGUUACUUUUCUUCAAGACGUUGUGCCACAGGCCUACAGUGGCACUCCUCCAGCAGAAGAAAAGGAGAAGAUCAUUUGGGUCAGAUUUGAGAACGCGGAUUUGAAUGAUACAUCAAGGAAUAUGGAGUUCCAUGAAAUACACAGCACUGGGAAUGAGCCACCAUUACUGCUAAUGAUCGGAUACAGUGAUGGAAUGCAAGUCUGGAGCAUACCUAUCAGUGGUGAAGCUCAGGAACUCUUUUCUGUCCGCCAUGGUCCAGUUCGAGCUGCACGGAUCUUACCAGCCCCACAGAUCAAUGCUCAGAAAUGUGACAAUUUUUCGGAGAAGCGGCCUCUCCUUGGUGUGUGCAAAAGCAUUGGAUCUUCAGGCACGAGCCCACCUUACUGCUGUGUGGACCUUUAUUCUUUACGAACAGGAGAGAUGGUCAAGUCUAUACAGUUCAAAACUCCUAUUUAUGAUCUGCAUUGCAAUAAAAGGAUACUCGUCGUAGUCCUGCAAGAGAAAAUCGCUGCCUUUGACAGUUGCACUUUCACUAAAAAAUUCUUUGUGACAAGCUGCUAUCCCUGUCCAGGGCCAAACAUGAAUCCUAUUGCCCUUGGAAGCCGUUGGCUUGCUUAUGCAGAAAAUAAGCUGAUCCGAUGCCAUCAGUCCCGUGGUGGAGCCUGUGGAGACAACAUUCAGUCUUACACUGCCACAGUCAUUAGUGCUGCCAAAACGAUAAAGACUGGGCUCACCAUGGUGGGGAAAGUCGUCACGCAGCUGACGGGGACGCUGCCUUCGGGAGCAACCGAAGAGGAAAUUUUAGCUCAUAGCAAUGUUCGCCGGAGCCCUCUGGUGCCUGGGGUCAUCACCAUCAUUGAUACGGAGACUGUGGCAGAAGGACAGGUACUUGUCAGUGAGGACUCUGACAGUGAUGGUAUUGUGGCCCACUUCCCCGCACACGAAAAGCCGAUUUGCUGCAUGGCUUUUAACCCCAGUGGGAUGUUGCUGGUCACUACUGACACGUUAGGCCAUGAUUUCCAUGUUUUUCAAAUACUGACACAUCCUUGGUCAUCAUCACAAAGUGCCGUCCAUCAUUUGUAUACACUUCACAGGGGAGAGACUGAAGCCAAAGUACAGGAUAUCUCCUUCAGCCACGACUGUCGCUGGGUGGUGGUCAGCACGCUUCGGGGCACUUCCCACGUUUUUCCCAUCAAUCCUUAUGGGGGACAGCCCUGUGUCAGGACACACAUGUCACCGCGGGUGGUGAACCGCAUGAGCCGCUUCCAGAAGAGCGCAGGGCUGGAAGAGAUCGAGCAGGAGCUGACAUCUAAACAGGGAGGCCGCUGCAGCCCUGUUCCAGGCCUGUCAAGCAGUCCUUCUGGCUCACCGCUGCACGGUAAAUUGAACAGCCAGGACACGUACAAUAACUUCACAAACAACAACCCUGGGAACCCUCGCCUGCUGCCGCUCCCCAGUCUGACCGUGGUGUUGCCUCUGGCUCAAAUCAAGCAGCCAAUGACGUUAGGGACCAUCACCAAACGCACAGGACCUUACCUGUUUGGAGCAGGAUGUUUUUCCAUAAAAGCUCCAUGCAAAACCAAACCGGCUCCACAGAUUUCACCCAGUAAGUCUGUGGGAGGAGAGUUUUGUGUCGCUGCAGUCUUUGGAUCAUCGAGGUCGUGGUUUGCAAACAAUGCUGGGCUGAAAAGAGAAAAAGAUCAAUCAAAGCAGUUUGUAGUGGAGUCACUGUACAUCAUCAGCUGCUACGGGAGCCUCGUGGAGCAUGUGUUGGAGCCACGUCCGCUCAGCACUGCUCCCAAGAUCAGUGAUGACACCCCUCUGGAAAUGAUGACGUGCCCGAGAGCCAGCUGGACUUUGGUUAGAACUCCUCAGUGGAAUGAGCUCCAACCACCAUUUAAUGCAAACCAUCCACUGCUGCUGGCUGCCGAUGCAGUACAGUACUACCAGUAUCUUCUUGCUGGCUUGGUUCCACCAGGAAGCCCUGGACCUAUCACUCGACACGAGUCCUAUGACAGCUUGGCAUCCGACCACAGCGGGCAGGAGGAUGAAGAGUGGCUGUCACAGGUCGAGAUAGUGACCCACACCGGGCCCCACCGGCGCCUCUGGAUGGGCCCUCAGUUCCAGUUUAAAACCAUCCACCCCUCAGGCCAGACCACCGUCAUCUCAUCCAGCUCCUCAGUGCUGCAGUCACACGGUCCCAGCGACACCCCGCAGCCGCUUCUGGACUUCGAUACAGAUGAUCUUGAUCUCAACAGUCUCAGGAUUCAGCCAGUUCGUUCAGAACCUGUUAGCAUGCCCAGCUCAUCGCGUGCCGUUUCUGAUCGCAGAGGAGUUUCAACAGUGAUUGAUGCGACUUCAGGUGCCUUUGACCGGAGCGUGACCCUGCUGGAGGUGUGCGGGAGCUGGCCCGAGAACUUCGGUCUCCGUCACAUGUCUUCCAUGGAGCACACUGACGAGGGCCUCCGGGAGCGCCUGGCCGAUGCGAUGUGCGAAUCCCCCAGCAGGGACAUAGUGGGAUCAGGAACAGAAACAGCCGGUGAAGUAGCAGUAAAAAACAUCACCACAAAGAGGCACAUGGCUUUGAAAUGUUUUGAGCUUCAGCGAGAGGGAAGCAUAGAGACGCUCAGUAACAGCUCCGGGUCCACCAGUGGAAGUAUUCCUCGCAAUUUCGAUGGCUACAGAUCGCCCCUCCCGACUAAUGAGAACCAGCCCCUCAGCCUCUUCCCCACAGGCUUCCCCUGAGUUCGUCAGUCACACGAGGAGAGAUGGGGACGGGGUAACGAGCCGCCUCUCUGCCCAAGCAAUCCGAUGUGCCCGCUGCCCGCUGCGCGCUGGGUGGUUCUCGUUACCCUGAUUGCUGUCGGUGACUCUUCCACGUAAACCUUCCUGGAACGUACUCACAAAACCUUGACUUUGUUUUCUGUGCAAUACGAAGAGACUCCAUCUUCGAUCUCGCUAGCUGCGGCCGCUUUGUUCGCUGUGUUCGGGAAGAGGUUGGUUGAGGAGGAAUCUGCCUGAGCCGUUCUUGGCCGAGCACAUGGUGUCACAGCUGCUCUCUGCUUUCUGUGUUCAGAGACGAAGGCAAUCUCUGCACUAUGGGUGUGCACCCGCCGGGAGCUGCAGCUCUCUGCAAAGUGCCGAGCGGUAACGAGUGAGCUCCAGAGAAUGGGAGUUCAGGGGCGUUUGUGGACAGGGCUGGUGGUGUUUUCUCUCCCCGGUUGCGCUCCUUGCUGCCCUCCUUCCCCCUGUACUGAUGCCAGGAGUAUUACAAGUGGAAAAUGUUUCUUUUUGUUCUUUGGAAGAAUGAUCUCUCUUGCUCCAGUUUUAUUCUAGCCAUGUAUUCUAGAAACAUACAUAAUUGACUAACUGCAGUCACAGAUUUCUCAUCUUUGGUUAUAAACGUUGUUCACUGGAACUCGGCUGUCUGUCCAGAAAUGCAUGUGUCAUUGAAUAAAUCGAAGUUAAACCUGAAA